AUGGAGGGAGAUACACAAGAAAUGCGAUCUUUGGCCUUGACUCCAACAUGGUCUGUUGCUACUGUUUUGACAAUUUUUGUUGCUGUUUCUCUGCUUGUGGAGCGCUCUAUCCAUCGAUUAAGUUAUUGGUUGCGGAAAACUAAUCGUAAGCCCUUGCUUGAAGCUGUGGAGAAAAUGAAGGAAGAGUUGAUGCUGCUUGGGUUUAUCUCUCUUCUUUUGACGGCUACCUCAAGCAUGAUAGCCAAUAUUUGCAUUCCAUCAAAGUUCUACAAUAGCAGUUUUUCUCCAUGCUCGAGGUCUGAAAUUGAUGAAGAAAUUGAAAAUAAUUCGUCCCAGGAACGGAAGCUGUUGAUGUUGUUUUCUGUUCUGCCUCACUCAUUUAGGAGAAUGUUAAAUGGCUUGAAUUCUAAUUCCUGUAAAGAGGGCUAUGAGCCAUUUGUUUCAUAUCAAGGUCUUGAGCAGUUGCACCGCUUCAUCUUUGUCAUGGCAAUAACACAUAUAUCCUACAGUUGCUUAACGAUGUUGUUGGCAAUAGUGAAGAUUCACAGCUGGAGAGCAUGGGAGGAUGAGGCUCACAUGGACCGGCAUGGUUCAUUGACUGAGAUCACACGCCAGUUGACAAUGCAAAGGCAGUCUAGCUUUGUAAAUCCACCAAAUCCUGUGGUCAGGAAUAACUUCUUCAUGUGGGUGACAUGUUUCUUCCGGCAAUUUGGGCGUUCAGUGGUUCGUGCUGACUACUUAACACUCCGCAAGGGUUUCAUCAUGAAUCACAACCUUUCACCAAAAUAUGAUUUUCACAGCUAUAUGAUUCGGUCUAUGGAAGAGGAAUUCCAAAGGAUUGUUGGUGUGAGUGGCCCUCUCUGGGGAUUUGUUGUUGCUUUCAUGCUGUUUAAUAUAAAAGGGUCUAAUCUCUAUUUCUGGAUUGCAAUCAUCCCAAUUGCUCUAGUUCUUCUUGUGGGAAUGAAGCUGCAGUAUGUUAUUGCAACCCUGGCAUUGGAGAAUGCUGGUAUAACUGGAUCCUACCCAGGAGCAAAGUUGAGGCCUCGGGAUGAUCUUUUCUGGUUCAAGAAGCCUGAACUUUUGUUAUCCUUGAUCCAUUUUAGUUUGUUCCAGAAUGCAUUUGAAUUGGCUUCAUUCUUUUGGUUUUGGUGGCAAUUUGGGUAUAAUUCAUGCUUUAUCCGAAAUCAUUUGCUCGUCUAUUUAAGGCUGAUCGUAGGGUUUGCCGGGCAGUUCCUGUGCAGCUACAGCACCUUGCCGCUGUAUGCCUUGGUUACUCAGAUGGGAACAAAUUAUAAGGCGGCACUAAUUCCACAAAGGAUAAGAGAAACAAUUCAUGGGUGGGGAAAGGCAGCUAGGAGGAAAAGAAGGCUGGGCAUAUACAAUGAUGAGUCAACGAUACACACAGACACAAGCACAGUAAUGUCACUUGAGGAAGAUGAUCAUGAAAUGCUCGAUAAUCCUGCAAUUGAUGCUGAUACACAAAAUGGAAUUGAGUUGCAACCAGUUUCUAGUUCUAUGACCAGUCCUUGCCUAGCUGCUAAUGAAAACUCAAGUAGGGUGGGCACACCCCUUCUUCGACCAUCGGCUUCUGUUUCUGUUUCUUCACCAGUUACGUUGACUAUUCAUACAGAGAGUAUUCCAAGAUCCACUUCAAUGCCAAGCAGAAGGUAA